UUCAGUCUCUGUCACCAUCUACAGCAGCUCUGCAGGUCGGGACUGUGUGUGAGGGUGCACAUAUUCUACUUCUGUGCUACACACACAGUAGUCACAGGCCCCGUGUGCUGACUGGACACUGUCAGAGCACAGCCACAGGACUCUAAAGAGAGAAGACACUUGAGUCCUCCCCUCACUCGGGAUGAAAUUCCUUCUGCUGGUCACUCUGCUCACAGGUGCUACUGCACCCAGCAUCAGCCCUCGGGCUGUGUGGCAGUUCCGCAAUGCGUUCAAGUGCACCUUUACUCGGACUGAUGCCUUUACAGAUUACAACGACUAUGGCUGCUACUGUGGCUUGUUUAGUUGGAACAACCUAGUGGAAGACAUAGACAGGUGCUGCCGGACUCGUGACAACUGCCUUGCUCAGGUCUAUAGCCUGGAAAACUGUGGAUCCCUCAUAAGGAACCCCUACAUCAGCCCCUAUGCAUUCUCGUACUCCGGGAAUGAGAUCACCUGCAGUGACAAAAACAACCACUGUGAGGCCUUCAUCUGCAACUGUGACCGCCAGGCAGCCAUCUGCUUCUCCAUGACUCCAUACAUCAAGUACUACAAAGGCAAUGGCUGUUAG